GAAGAAGCAAACAAUCUUCAUUCUUCAAAACAUUUGAACCGAUUCGAAAAUGGUGGGACCUUCUCUCAAUGCUCCGAAGCCUCCGACCACAGCCGCAACAAUCAAAUUCCUGUGUAGUUAUGGCGGGAGGAUUCUUCCUCGGUAUCCUGAUGGCAAGCUUCGGUAUCACGGUGGCCAGACACGUGUACUCGCCGUUGCUCGCUCCAUCUCGUUCUCUGAAUUGAUGGCGAAACUUGGUGAAUUGUGCGGGAAGACGGCGAGUUUAAGGUGUCAAUUGCCGACGGAGGAUUUAGAUGCCCUUGUUUCCAUUACAUCUGAUGAAGAUCUUGUGAAUCUCGUUGAGGAAUAUGAUCGAGCAGCUUGUCUACAAUCAUCAUCUCUCAAAAUUAGAGCGUUUCUAUGUUUUCCAAAGAAAUGCUCUCCGACUCCUUCCACCGCCUCUGCCUCUGGAUCUGGAUCUAGUUCUUCCACAGGCACACCUACGCUUGAGGCGGCGUCACCACAACCUCCUUCUCCGUCCUCUUUUUAUCCGGCUUCGAGGUUUCCUGUUAGCGCCACAAAUCCGUGCAUCCAUACAGCACCGUUGAAACCACCUGUAAAACUUCCAUUCUGCUACAACAAAUCCGCCGGAAAGCUUCCUUGUAAUCCGUAUAGAAAUUCCAACCGGUUUUGUCUCGUUCACAAUGGAAACCAUUGGCAAUAA